CUUCAUUUUCGCUUUUCGUUUCCGACGCAGAAGAAGAUGUUCUUUGUUGACUGGUUCUACGGCGUCUUGGGCUUCCUCGGUCUCCACCGCAAGAACGCCAAGAUCUUGUUCCUUGGCUUGGAUAACGCUGGUAAGACGACGCUUCUCCACAUGCUCAAGGACGACCGCGUCGCCGUGCACGAGCCGACGUUGCACCCGAACUCGGAAGAACUCAUUAUUGGCAAGCUCCGCCUUCGCACGUUCGACUUGGGCGGCCACGAAACCGCCCGCAAGCUCUGGCGCGACUACUUUGCGACGGUCGACGGUGUCGUCUUCCUCGUCGAUGCCCUCGACCGCGACCGCUUCCCUGAGUCGAAGCGCGAGUUGGACACGCUUCUUGGCUGCGACGAGCUCGCCAAUGUCCCGUUCCUUGUCUUGGGCAACAAGAUCGACAUCCCGCGUGCCGCCUCGGAGGACGAGCUUCGCGCGGCCCUUGGCCUCUACGAAACGUACGGCAAGGAGGCCCGCGGCGACCGUGACGCCAACAUUCGCCCGAUCGAACUGUACAUGUGCUCGGUCGUGCGGCGAAUGGGGUACGCCGACGGCUUCCGCUGGAUGGCGCAGUUCCUAUAGGCAGCAACUCGACGCGACGCGCAGCUCGACUACGACACGCUAUCGCCUUGCAUUUUAUUUUUAAAGCUAAAAAACUGGCCCUGUUGUCGGAUUUUCUCGUG